AUGUCAGUAUUUUUGAGUGAGAAAUUAGGUAUUUUCUCUGGAAAAAUUACUGAUAUCAAAUGGCAUCCUCGCACAUUUAUUUUAGCGGUCGCAUCACAUAUUGGAAAAGAGUCAGGUGAAGUUACAGUUUUGGCCCUGAAAGUCCCAAACUGUAAAGAUGCAACCAUUACAAGGCCUUGUAUUCCUACGUGUAUUUCUUGGCAUCCUUAUGAGUUAGUAUUAUUGGUUGGAUGGAGUAAUGGCUGUACGACUGUUUGUUACUAUUCUGAGCAUAACGCUUUCGAUAUGGAUUAUAAACUAGAAGGGUCUGUGAUGUCACUAGUUUGGACUUUUGAUGGGUACUCUGUGUUUGCAACAGACAAUAAAGGAUCUGUUUAUGUUUUCCGGUGGCAUAAAGAUGUAGACAUUGGUGCAAAGCCUAUAUCCAUUCUGAAAGUCAACACAAAUAUAUCAUGUGCUCUUAUGCUCAGUACCCGAAAUCCCGAUGAAUUAAGUUCAUAUAUAACGCUUGCACCGUUGUAUUCAAGUUCUAGUGAAGGAAAUAAAUUUGCUGAAUCCGCCGUCACCGAAACUCCAUGUAAAUCAAGUAACAUAAUGAAGUUUUCGUGUCUAGGCUUCUAUCUCUUUGGAUGCUACGAUGGACGUAUAAUGUACAUUAAGUACGAUAGAUCGAAAGAGAAUGAGAUUGCAGUGAGUCGAGCCAAUAACUUAGCAUGCUGUGAAGGAUGUAUUUUAAAUAUGAUUUCUCACAAAAGCACAAAUAUUUUGUUGGCCGUCACUGAGAAAGGUCUUUUAUAUCACUAUCAUAUCAAGCUAAACUCUGAAAUAUCAAUCAAGGAAGUAACAAAGAUGAAACUGGCUUUGGCAAUGUGCAAUCAACCGUCCGUUACAUGGGCUGGAGAAACUACGCUUGCUAUGGCACUUGGAGAAACAAAUGUUAGACUAUGGGAUGUCGAAAGAGCCGAUAACUACACCUUAGCUCCCUGCAUGCUUAUUUCCAAAAGCAGUACAAGUGAACUGAAGGUGAUCAGUGUUUCUUACUCGGAAACAUAUUGUAUUCUGGCAGCAAGUUUUAACAAUGGAAUGGUGGGAUUUUGGCAAUACUGUACAGAAAUGGAAUCACCCAAAUAUUUGUCUAACGUUCAGAGGUCAAAUUUGACGUCAAAUCAAAAUCUCUGUGACUACAUAGGUAGCUAUGAACUUUUUAGUUCCACAAACACUUUGGCAGAAAAAACACCGGAGACCAGCUGGCACCCACAACCAAGUACCUUUUGGUUAAACAAAGAAGAUGAAUCGUUUUCAAUGUCAGAGGAUUUAAAAUACCAUUCGCAUUUACUAGCCUGGGAUUGUCAGCAGGAAAAGUUAGCAAUUACGCUCAUACCACAUCAGUCAAAAGAAAAGCCAUAUGAAAUCCAAGGUACCCAAACCAAGUCUUGUGUGUAUAUACUUCAACGGCAAUCACCACAAACGCAUUUCUAUGGAUACGGAUGUGCUGUUGUACAAACUGGUUCAAGAUCAUUGGCAGUACUUACCACAAUAUAUAAUAAACGUGUAAACAAAACAAAUACAAGCGCUUCAAAGAAUAUAUCGAUAAUAAACAAUACUACUGAGAAUAUAAAAGGGAAAAUGAAUAUGAUUGAAGAUGAAAAUUCCGAGAAUUGCCGCGGAUCUUUCAUAACCAAACCAAAACAACUAGAGAUUUGUAAAGAUAUUAAUCAGAAUUUUUCUGGCUUCAUUAGUCAAGACAAUUGUUUGCUUUGUGAGUACGAGGUGCAGGUUGAAGACCAAAUUAAGGCUGUAUAUUGCACACAAGAACAUGUUACAUAUUGGAAUGGUCAUCAUAUUUUUGUCUAUAAACAGUCCACUAAAGGUUGCAUAAUCCACCUAACUAAUUUCCCAUGUGAAUAUAAAUUGAUUGGAAUGUAUCAGUAUAAUAUAUUUACAAUUGAACCAUAUAAAUUACAAGUUCGUAAUUUGGAGGGCUGUGUUAAACAGUUAAUCAGUUUUACAGAAAUAGAGGGCAGUAUUACUAUGACUGCUCAAUGUGGCAAUUAUAUGGCAUGUCUUACUGAUCAAAACAAAAUACGAGUAUUUGAUUUAAACAGAAGAGAAAUCAAAUCAACGAAUACAACAAAGUCUUUAACUAAAUUAAUUAUAUUACAUAAUUCAGAUAAUUUGUUCAUCAAUGAAUUAAAUAUUCCAUGGAUUUCAAUUAACAAUUCUGGUAAUUCAAUAGCAUUUACAAUAGAAAUUUUAUACAAUGGAGAAUUAUGUAAAUUAUUAUGGUUAAAUUCUAUGGAUUCAUUAACAAAAAUGCAAUUAGAUAAAAUGAAUGACAAAGUUAUGGAAAGAACCAUAAAUGGAAUUAUGAAUAAAGAAGAAAAUUUAUUAAAAAAAUGGUUUCCAGAUCCAAAUAUUUAUAUUUAUCAUAUAGAUGAAGAUAAAUUGAAAUGUUUCAAUUUUUUCGAAACUUUAACAAAUUCUAUUCAUGAUAUACCUCGUACAAUAAACAAUCCUGAAAGUGAUAAAUAUUCAGUUAAUUUAAAUCUAAUCCGUUUAAAUAGUACAAAUCUUAUUGAGAGAAGAUGGCCAAAACAUCAUUAUUGGGAUCAAUAUGAAUCAAGAAUGUUAGUUGUAGAAGCUGCACCGAUCUCACCUGAUCAUCCGAUAUUAAAAUCUAAAUUAAAUGUACUUGAAAAAGUAAAUAAUGAACAUUCUGGAAUUAAUUAUAGAAUUGAUAAUGAUACUGAUCAAUGUACUACUGUGGAUAAUCGAUCAUCUAGUAAAAGGAAAUCGAAAGUUUCUACUUCGAUUGUUUCAUUGUUUAUUAGUCCAGAUCGAAAUGAUACAAUAAUUCAAGGAUCAUUUCUAAUGUCUUUUCAUCAUAGUGCAUUGAUUGGUGUUGAAGUACCAUUCAUAUAUUUUUCUGUUCGUUAUGAUUUAAAUCAUCUUAUUCUUGAUGAACAAUAUCGAAAUCGUUUUGAAAAGAUUACAUCUGAUCGUCGCAUAAUCAAUAAAAUUGAUUGUACAUCAACAAUUAAAAGUAAUCAUAUUAAUGGUUUAGAUCUGAAUACAUCAUUGCAUAGAGAAGAUGAAGAAUUGAAUGAUAAUGAUGAUAUCAAUAGUCAUUCAAGAAGGAAAUCUAUGAAUAGUGAACUGAAUGAUGGUGAUGAAUCAACAACUCAGAAUAGAGUACAUUAUAUUGAUAGAUGUGUAAUGCAAAAUUUUAUUGGUCUUGAAGAUGCUGAUGAGAAAACACGUGAAGCUAUGCUAAAUUUCAGCUAUUAUUUAGCAUUAGGUGAAAUGGAUUCUGCAUUUAGAGCCAUGAAAUUGAUUAAAAGUCCAGUAGUUUGGCAGAAUAUGGCUAAAAUGUGUGUUACUACUUGUCGAUUGGAUGUUGCUCGUGUUUGCUUAGGAAAAAUAAAUAAUCCAAUGGGAUCAAAAAUGUUACGUGAAUUUAAAAGUAAAGAACCAGAAUUAGAAGCUCAAGCAGGAGAAUUAGCUUUACAAAUUGGUAUGACUGAGGAGGCUGAACAACUAUUCAUUCAAUGUAAUCGUUGGGACUUGGUAAUUCGUUUACACCAGUCGCUUGGUAAUUGGAACAAAGCUUUGAUAACGGCUGAACAACAUAAUCGUAUGUUAUUACGUAGUAUUCAUUAUGCCUAUGCUAAAGAAUUGGAGUCUGUGGGUAACAUUCAGCAAGCUAUUGAACAUUAUAUUAAAUCAGGAACUUAUCAGUUUGAAGUUCCUAGAAUGUUACAAAACAAUCCAGAAUUAUUAGAGUCAUUUGUGAAUAAACAAAAUGAUCAAAAUAUCAAAAGUUGGUGGGCAAAAACACUAGAAGCUCAGGGGCGUCUCGAAGAAGCGAAAACAUAUUAUUUUAACUCGAAAGAUUACCUAUCAUUAGUACGUGUACUAUGUUGUCUUGGUGAAGAAUCAGAAGCUGAAACAAUAUGUAAUGAAACUGAUGAUCCUGGUGCUUGUCAUCAUUUAGGGAAUCAUUUAAAAUUGAAAGGUUGUAUAGAUCAAGCAAUUCGUUUAUUGACAAGAGCAAAAGCUUAUUCAAGUGCAAUACGUUUGUGCAAGGAACAUAAUCGUAAUGAUCAUCUUUUUAGUUUAGCUCAAUUAGGCAGAUCAGAUGAUAUAUUAGAAUCAGCAAAACAUUUGGAAAAUUAUCCUGAUUAUAUUGAUAAAGCAGUAUUAUUAUAUCAUAAAGCUGGUAAAAUUAAUCGUGCUAUAGAAUUAGCAAUUAAUAAUCAUCAAUUUGAUGCUUUAAAAAUUAUUAUUAGUUCUUUAAAUGAUGAACAAUUAGAUUCAGUUAUGUUAAAAAAAUGUUCAGAAUUCUUUACACAAAAUAAUCAAUUUGAUCGAGCUGUUGAAAUACUUGCAGCUGGUAAACAGUAUUUGGAAGCCAUUCAAUUAUGUAAUGAAUAUGAUAUUCCAAUUACAGAAGAUCUAAUUGAAAAACUUACACCAAUAACCAAUCAUUUAUCUAAUCAUGAUCUAUCAAAUAUAUUUAUAAAAUUAGGUGAAUUAUGUUUAAUAAAUGAAUAUUAUUAUUUAGCAUGUAAAAAAUUCACUCAAGCUGGUAAUUAUCUAUUAGCUAUUAAAUCAUUAAUUAAAUCAGGUGAUAUAGAGAAAAUUAUAUUUUUUACUAAUAUUAGUAAACAAAAAGAAAUUUAUAUUAUAACAGCAAAUUAUUUACAAACAAUAAAUAAUUGGCAUAAAAAUAUAAAUAUUAUACGUAAUAUUAUACAAUUUUAUAUACGUGGACAAGCAAUGGAAUCAUUAAUUACAUUUUACGAAACAUGCGCUCAUAGUGAAAUUGAAGAAUCUGGCAAUUAUGAAAAAGCAUUGGAUGCAUUAACUGAAGCAUAUAAAGUCUUAGUUAAAUUAUCAAGUUCAACUACAAAUGAUGAUAAUAAUCAAACAAAUGAAUGUCAUCUUAAGAAACGUUCAACUCAAAUAAAAAAGAAGACAAUAUUAUGCAACGAGUUUAUAGAAAUUCAGAAGUUGUUUUCUACAAACCCAACAGAUGCAAUGCAAAGAUGUUACACACUUUUAGAAAAUAUUGGGCAAGAUGAUAUAUUGAGACCUGGAGAUAUUUAUUCUUUAAUAAUACGUGGAUUAGUAAUGGAAGAGAAAUAUAAAGCUGCAUUGACAUGUCUCAAUGAAAUGAAAGAGCGAAUUGAAGAUAACAUUAUUUUCCGAUAUUUGGAUCACGAAAUUUUGGAGAAAAUUUACAAGACGCUAAACUUAACCUCAAUUGAAUAUGAUAAGCACACUUCAGAUAAGAUCACGAUUGAAAGCGACGCCUUAGACACGACUACAUAUGAGGGUAAUGCAAUUGAUGGAAACGUAAGCGACGAAGCGAAUGACUGUUAA